GUAGGCGUGCCCAUCAACCAAUCAGCGAUCACUCAUUCCCAGCUGGCCGAGAAGCAAGUAGACGAGGUAGACGAGAAGAAGAGCAAAAAUGGCUGGUGCUCUUACUCGAUGGGGCGUUCUACCUAAAGGCCAAUUCGGCCUAGUGUCUGCCCUGUACAAUGCACCUCAAAUUCGAACAAACACCACCGCUCCAGCUGGCAAGAGCAAAUAUGGACCGUUGGCAGACCAGGACAGGAUCUUCACCAACCUCUACGGCCGUCAUGACUGGCGCCUCAAAGGUGCUUCUAAGAGAGGAGAUUGGUAUAAGACAAAGGAAAUUUUACUGAAAGGCCCCGAGUGGAUUCUAAAUGAGGUGAAAACCUCAGGUCUACGUGGCCGCGGAGGUGCUGGAUUCCCUACAGGCAUGAAAUGGAGUUUCAUGAAUAAGCCCUCUGAUGGCAGGCCAAAGUAUUUGGUAGUCAACGCUGAUGAAGGGGAACCAGGAACAUGCAAGGACCGUGAGAUCAUGAGGCAUGACCCUCACAAGCUGGUCGAGGGCUGUCUGGUUGCUGGACGAGCCAUGGGCGCUAGGGCAGCCUACAUUUACAUCAGAGGCGAGUUCUAUAAUGAGGCGUCCAACAUGCAGGUCGCAAUCAGCGAGGCUUACCAAGCUGGACUGAUCGGAAAGAACGCUUGUGGCUCCGGCUUUGAUUUUGAUGUGUUCAUGCACCGUGGUGCAGGAGCCUAUAUUUGCGGUGAAGAAACCGCCCUUAUUGAGAGUCUCGAAGGCAAGCAGGGCAAGCCCAGGCUGAAACCACCCUUCCCCGCUGAUGUUGGUGUUUUCGGCUGUCCAACAACUGUUGCCAAUGUUGAAACUGUUGCCGUGUCUCCUACUAUUUGUCGCCGAGGUGGAACCUGGUUUGCAUCCUUUGGUCGCCAGCGUAAUUCUGGCACUAAGCUGUUUAACAUCUCUGGCCAUGUCAACACCCCUUGCACUGUUGAGGAGGAAAUGUCCAUCCCUCUGAAAGACUUGAUUGAAAUACAUGCUGGUGGUGUAACUGGUGGAUGGGACAAUUUGUUGGCUAUCAUCCCGGGUGGUUCGUCUACUCCCCUCAUUCCAAAGAACGUGUGUGAGGAGGUCUUAAUGGACUUUGACGGCCUUGUGGCUGCCCAGACUGGCUUGGGCACAGCAGCCAUCAUCGUGAUGAACAAACAGACCGACAUCGUGAAAGCCAUUGCUCGGCUCAUUGAAUUUUAUAAGCACGAAUCGUGCGGACAGUGUACUCCAUGCAGAGAGGGUGUUAACUGGAUGAACCAAGUCAUCCACAGAUUCAUUACUGGUGAUGCUCAGCCUGAAGAAAUUGACAUGCUGUGGGAGUUGAGCAAGCAAAUUGAAGGUCACACCAUUUGCGCUCUGGGUGAUGGUGCUGCUUGGCCUGUUCAGGGAUUGAUCCGACACUUCAGACCCGAGUUGGAAUCUAGAAUGAAAAGGUUUUCUGAGAAGAAGGCAGCCAACUAGGUCACUCUUAGGAAACGCGGUUUUCAGGCUUAGAGAUGUAAAUAUAAAGCACGUUCACCAUUAAAUCCGGCUCUUUGAUUGUUAUAAAUUCCUGCUGAAUUAACUUGUGAGCAUUUCAGAUCAGAAAGGAGUUGAUCCCUGUUAAGGAAAAUAAAAAUUUUUAUUUAAUACUGGAAAA